CCGGGCCCCAGUUGCAGCAGCGCAACCAAAGCAUUUGCACAGACGCACGGCGACGCGACGGGCUCCACCGCGUGCCAAAUAGAGGGAGUAACGGAGUGCCCUUAUCAGUUGCCUUGGCCAUCGAUCGCACUGCUUCUGCUGUUGCUGCUCCCUUCGCUCUCACUAUGAGCUCUAGUUACUCGAAUGUUAGUUAGUGUUGGUGCGCGCGCGGAACAGAGAAAGGGCUAGUUCUCGCAAGUCUGUGCUUGUCCUUGCUUAGGGCUAGGGCACUAGCACUAGAACCACUCGCCCGCUGAGAGUGUGCCGUACCGUGUGUGGAGGUCUGCGUGCUAAUGGCCUUGUAAUGUGUGUUCCAAGCUAAUCGUUAUGCAAUCGACAGUGAAAUUACAGUGAAAUAAUGUCUUUGAAACGUUAUGCAACGCUGCUCGCGGCGGUCACUCCACAGAAUCCGCACAAUGCAACGACCAUCUCAACGGUCUUGUCCGUGACAACUAUUGCCCCAUCAUCCGUCGCUCCAGGCAGCGCCGAGGAUUCCCAAUCGCAGUCUCAGGAGCAUGGCAGCACGUCAUCCUCAUCGUUUACAACCUUCUAUAGCAGCGGUUUGGGUCUGUAUCAUCAGCGUGGUGUCUCCGGAUCUGCAGGCAAUGUCGGAGGCGGAGGCGGAGGAGGUGCAGCUGGAGCGGGCGGACCCCAGACAUAUGCAAAUGUUGUCAACGGGAAUGUGAAUCUGCUGCUGGGCGGGGCCAUGCUCUCCCUGGUGACAACCAUAUUGUGCGUCGUCUGCUAUUGUUGCCACCGCAAUAUCAAAAAGCGAACGGAGGCCGCCUACAGGCAGCAGCAGCAUCAAUGGCUGGAGACGGAUCCAAACAUGGAAAUCUAUAGCGUUGAGCAGUGCUACGAGACAUCUGGACUAUUCAUGGGCGACUCCACGGACGGACUCUCGGUUAUACCGACCCUACACCACGAGCCACCGCCCUCCUACGAUGCGGUGGUGCUGCACGAGCAACAAUUGCUGCAGCAACAACAGCAGCACCAGCAGCAGUUGGAGCAGAUCCAGCUGCAGCAGCAGCAGAUCCUAAUGCAGCGCGUCUCGCCACCGCCCGGCUAUCGAUCGUCCCUGGACAUCAACACCCACCACCAUCAAGGGGCUGUGGGUGGCUGCAGUCGAGGCACACCCGAUGGCAGUGUGGAUGCCUUGGCCAGUGGAUCGGGAGGAAUCAGAGGAGCAGCCGGAGGCGGGGCAUUGGUCAAUAAGCAACUGCAGCUGGCACUUAACGCCCAAUCCUGCUGCUCCCUGCAGCGGGCGGAGGUGGAGAGCAUGUGGAAUGCCACGGAAAUGGAGAAUAUGUGGAAUGCAGGUGCGGCUGCGGUUGCCGCCCGACGCGGACAUUGCCUGGAAAUGGAGACGCUGCAGCCACCAUCAAUGACGCUGCCACCAGCGGUGCCGCUGGCCCUCCAAGGCAGAAAGCACGGCGGUCAGCAGAGCUUCGGGCUAAACACCUUGGGGCGCCGCUACCUUCAGCAGAGCCAUCAGCACAGUCACUACCGACGCGGCUGUCCACUGUGCGGCAAGUUCCGCUACGAGGCGGAAGAUGAGGUCAACCCAUGUGACAUGUCUGUGGAAAGCGGAUCCAUGAGGAGCAGAGAGGUGCCGUCAGAGGAAGCCAAUGAGAAUGGAGUAUUGGAGGGUGCUGAGCCGGCAACAAGUCCCUGCCCCUGCACCAACAACAGCGACAACGAGGAUGGAAACGGCAACCACAUGAUUGGCGAGGCCCUGCUAUCCGAUGAGGCAAAUGGAAAUAUCCAACCCGCAACACAGGAAGCAAUCAACGAGACAACCACCACAGCCAUCUCCGCUGUCACCGAUGAAAAUGACAACGCAGCUGCGGCAGCCACGCCAUCGGUCACAAAUGAGGAAGAGCAGCCGAGUGGCAGUCUAGAGCAGGAUUUGAGCAGCAUCAAUGAGAACGGCUUCAUCAGCAUGGACAUGAGCAAAAUCAUUGACAGAUCGGGUCUGCCGACGUAUGAGGGCGCCCUGAAGCUCGAGUCCAGUGGCUAUGUGUAGGAGCACUGUCCGAGGAUUUCUUGGAAGAUCAUAGCUUGAGUUAGCUAUAAAUAAUCUAUGGAUACCUAGAUCACAAAUGUGCUUUAAUUAUGGAAUAAGAUGGCACUCUCUUUGGACAGCUGUGAAAUAGCAAAAGUAUUUGUUUGGUUUACUCAACGCACUAGGUAAUCCGUUUGUAGUUCCUUUAGUUUGAUAGUCAAUCAGGUUUAACUGAUCUCACAGAAUGAGUAAGAUUCGUUGUUGUUAUUGUUUAAUCUCAUGGAUUACUUUCAGUUUUGGUACAAUAUUUUCUUCUAUUAAAGAUAGAGAACAUCCCUACAAGAUCAAUUGUAUUCAGAUUCACUUCACAUGCACCUUAAUUUGUUGAUCUUUUUGGAUCUCUGCCUAAAACAGGAUCUUACCCCCUCUCUCACUCUCCUUUGUAAGCUAAGA